AUGGCUGAGAAGAGAAAAACCACCAGAAAGAAGAAGGACCCAGACGCACCCAAGAGGUCGUUGUCUGCCUACAUGUUCUUUGCCAACGAGAACAGAGACAUUAUUAGAGCCGAAAACCCUGGUAUUGCCUUUGGCCAAGUUGGUAAAUUAUUAGGAGAGAAGUGGAAGGCAAUGAAUGCCGACGAAAAGGUUCCUUACGAGACUAAGGCCGAGGCUGACAAGAAGAGAUACGAGAAGGAAAAGGCAGAGUACGCUAAGAGAAACAGUGCCUAG